AUGAAGACCUUUACAUUCUUCCUUGCACUCUUUCUUGCUUUCACAGUUAUUACCGCAGAGGAUAACGAAGAACAAUGGUUUGCCAGCUCCAUAAAUCCUUUUGAUCAAAAGAAACGGGACAUUUCGGCUAAAAUCACCUUUUUUGAAGGACAUUCACUUGAUAACGCUGCUUGUUAUGGUCGUGAUGGACUUCCUGAAUAUGACGCAAAAUCAACUGAUUUCAUUGGUGCAAUGACGGGCCUAAAUAAUUGUUAUAAAUGUCUUGAAAUAACUAAUCCAAAGAACAAGAAGAAAGUUGUCGUCAAAAUUAUUGAUAAAUGUGCAGGUUGUAAAAAGAAUCAGGUUGAUUUAACAAGAACUGCUUUUUCUAAAAUUGCAAAUCCCGAUGAUGGAAUAGUAAAUAUUAAAUUUAGAGCUGUAUCUUGUCCAUCAAAAG